ACAAAACAUAUGAACACCCACACUAAACAAUUCAAAUGUGAAACCUGCAACAAAGAGUUCAACCACAUAAAAAAAUUGAGGCGACACAAGUCAGUACAUGGAGAACGGCCUCAUAAAUGUACUAUAUGCAGUAAAUCCUUCCCCUUUGCAAGCAAUUUAAAAAAACACAUAGCCAUCCACACUGCAGAGUACUCCUACAAAUGCGAUGUAUGUGAAAAAUCCUUCACCCGUGCUGAUAAUUUAAAACAACACAUCUACACGCACACCGGAGAACGGUUUUACAAAUGUGAUAUGUGUGAUAAGACGUUCACCCAUUCUGGGCAUUUAAAGACUCAUCUAGUUACCCAUACCGGGGAAAGACCUUAUAAAUGUAAACUGUGUGAUAAAGCGUAUAGUUUUUCGAUUAAUCUAAGAAGACAUAAGUUGACUCAUACAGGGGAAAGACCGCAUAAGUGUGAGAUUUGUGGUAAGGGAUUCACGCAAUCUGGACAUUUGAAGACGCAUAUGGAGUCUCAUGCUAAGGAGAGUCGGUAUAAAUGUGAUUUGUGUGAUGAAACAUUUGCUUAUAUUAAUGCUCUGAAAAAACAUCGGAGGGUACACAAGAAGAAAAAAUCAGAAUUGUAA